AUGUCCGCAGCCAUGCAGCCUCCUGAGGACGUCGCCAGCCUCUCCCAGCUGCAAAACAUCUCCCCGGACACCAUCUUCUCCGUCCUCCGCGAUCGCUUCUACUCCGGUCUCCCCUACACCGCCCUCUCCGACUCCAUCCUCGUCUCGGUAAACCCCUACGCCUCCUCCGGAAACCGCAACAGCGACGACUCGCUCCGCCAAUACACAAGAGACUACCGCGAAACCAACAAGCAGCUCCGCGGCGCACCCUUGCCGCCCCACAUCUUCGCCCACGCCUGCAAUGCCUACUUUUACAUGCGCCGCACCGGCCAGGACCAGAGCUUGCUCAUGGCCGGCGACACCUCCAGCGGCAAGAGCGAGGUGCGCAGGCUCGCCAUCCGCGCCCUCAUCGACCUCAGCGUAGCCGCCCCAGGAAAGAAGGGAUCCAAGCUCGCAGUCCAAAUCCCCUCGGCAGAGUACAUCCUCGAGGCGCUCGGAAACUCGCGCACCCUCGAAAACGCAAACGCCUCCCGCUUUGGCAAGUACACCGAACUCCAGUUCUCCGACUCGGGCAAGCUCGUCGGCGCAAAGACCCUCGACUACUACCUCGAGAAGAACCGCGUCGUCAGCGCCGCCUCCAGCGAACGCAACUUCCACAUCUUCCACUACAUGGUCGCAGGCGCAUCCGAAGACGAGAAGCAAUACCUCGGCAUCACAGACGCAUCCUCCUUCCGCUACCUCGGACAGGCCUCGCGCAACCGCGACUCGGACGACGCCGCCAAGUUCAACCGCCUCAAGCUCGCCUUCAAGAACCUCGGCUUCUCCAAACGCCACGUCGCCUCCAUCUGCCAGCUCCUCGCCGCCAUCCUCCACCUCGGCAACAUCGAGUUCCACUACGACCGCCAACGCACCCAGGACUCCGCCACCGUCCGUAAUCCAGACGUGCUCGAAAAGGUCGCAGAGUACCUCGGCAUCCCCGCCAACUCGCUCGAGGAGGCGCUCACCUACAAGACCAAGAUGAUCCGCGGCGAGGUCUGCACCAUCCUCCUCGACGCCGAUGGCGCCUCCGACCACCGCGACGACCUCGCAAAGUCGCUCUACUCGCUCCUCUUCGCCUGGGUCAACGAGAGCCUCAACCAGAAACUCUGCCGCGACGACUUCGACACCUUCAUCGGCCUCCUCGACCUCCCCGGCUUCCAGAACCUCUCCCGAGCCAACUCGCUCGACCAGUUCUGCGUCAACUUCGCCUGCGAGAGCCUCCACCGCUUCAUGCUCCGCAACGUCUUCGAAAAGCGUCGCGACGAGUUUGCCGACGAGGCCAUCGACACCCUCUCCCCCGACAUCCCCUUCUUCGACAACGCAGAGACCCUCCGCCUCAUGACCAACCAGCCCGGCGGCCUCAUCCACAUCAUGGACGACCAGGCGCGCAGGAUGCCCAAAAAGUCGGACCACACCAUGAUCGACGCCUUCGGCAAGCGAUGGGGCAACCAUCCCUCCUUCAAGGUCGGCCCCGCAGACCGCUCCGGCUUCUCCAGCUUCACCAUCAGCCACUACAACUCCGCCGUCACCUACACCUCCGAAAACCUGCUCGAGAAGAACAGCGAGGUGGUCAGCCCCGACUUUGUCUCGCUCCUCCGCGGCUCCCACCCCGACGCCACAAAGCUCGGCGGCGCAGACCCCACCGCCUCGCCCGGCUCCACCAUCCCCUUCAUCCGCGGCAUAUUCAACACCAAGGUGCUCAAGACUCAGUCGCAUCCCAAGAAUGACCAGACCAUCGUCGCCGCUCAGCAGUCGGUCAAGCCCAUGCGCGCCCCCUCCACACGCAGACCCAACCGCGCCGCCACCGUGAAGCGCAGCACCACCGUCAAGAAGGGCAACAACAACAACAACGACGACGACGACUCGGACGACGACGCCGACUCGUCGGGCGUCAAGAAGAACGCCGUGCGCUGCGUCGCCGGCGAGUUCCGCGGCGCGCUCGACCUGCUCCUCGAGACGCUCGACGACACAAAGUCGUGGUUCACGCUCUGCCUGCGUCCCAACGACAACCAGCUGCCCAACCAGUUCGAGGCCCGCACCGUCAAGCACCAGAUCAACACGCUCGGCCUCUCGGAGAUGGCGCGCAAGCUCCUCAACGAGUACAGCGUCAGCAUGACCUACGACGAGUUCUGCCAGCGCUACGCCGCCAUCCCCUCGCUCGACGCCAUCAACAUGGCUGGCGCCGUCUCGGGCGAAGCGAAGCAGAAGUUCUCGGCCGCACGCGAGAUCAUGCAGUGGUCCGAGCACGACGUCGCCUCGGGCCGCGUCAAGGUCUUCCUCUCCCACAACGCCUUCCGCGAGCUCGAGGACGAGCUGCGUGCCGCCGACCCCGAGGAGAUCAAGAACAACGAGCGACGCGCACAGCUCGAUGUCGAAGCAGCCGCUCGCGGCGAGUCCGACCCCUUCUCCCCUAUGGCCGUCCACGCAGACGAGGUGACGCGCAGCCAAAGCAACGACUUUGUCGGCGCCUACGGCGAUCCGUUCAAGGAGCGUUCCUCCGUCGUCCUCCCGCUCGUCGGCGGAGCAGGCGCUGCCGACGCCGACGACGCACUCGAAGAGGUCAAGAGCUCCUACUCGGGCGUCUCGGGCACCCUCCCCAGGCGCAGCUACGGCGGCGGCCUCAGCGGCGCCGCUUCCAACAUCGGCUCCGAGGCCUACGCGCCCUCGCGCAACAUGUUUGCCGACAUGGGCAAGAACGGCCUCAACGAGAAGGCCGGUACGGCGGCCUUUACCGAGGAGCCGCUCGGCGAGGUCGCCGAGGAGGUCGGUGUCACCGCCGCGCGUCGCAAGUGGGUCGCCUUCACCUGGGCCGUCACCUUCUGGAUCCCCUCGUUCGUGCUCAAGCGCUUCCACUCGCUCAAGAGGCCCGACAUCCGCAUGGCAUGGCGCGAGAAGCUCGCCAUCAACCUCAUGAUCUGGUUCAUCUGCGCCUGCGCCGUCUUUGUCAUUGUCGUGCUCGGCAACCUCAUCUGCCCCAAGCAGCACGUCUACAGCCCCAACGAGUUCGCCACGCACAAGGGCGACUCCUCCUUCACCUCGAUCCGCGGCGAGGUGUUUGACCUGAGCAGCCUCGUCACCAGCCACAAGAGCGUCGUGCCCGUCGUCCCCACCAAUUCCAUCCUCGCCUAUGCCGGAGAGGACGCCACCCCCAUCUUCCCCGUCCAGGUCAACGCGCUGUGCAACGGCGUCGACGGUAACGUGAGCCCCUGGGUGCAGCUCUCCAACGAGAACUCCACCGACAAGAACGCCCAGUACCACGACUUCCGCUCCUACCACAUCGACGACCCGCGUCCCGACUGGUACUACGAGACCAUGUGGCUGCUGCGCUCCAACUACCGCGUCGGCUUCAUGGGUUACACCUCGGACGGCAUCCGCGACAUGCUCUCCGAGGGCAGGUCGCUCGCCAUCUACCGCGGCGACAUCUACGACGUGUCCGACUACGUCAAGCAGGGCAACCAGGGCGUGCUGCGCGCUCCCGAUGGAUUCCAGGCUCCCGUCAACACCAACCGCAAGUUCAUGAGCGAUGCCGUGAUCAGCCUCAUCGCACAGAACCCGGGCAAGGACAUCACCAAGCAGCUCGACAGCCUGCCGCUCGACCGCGACGUGCUCGACCGCCAGCGCGUGUGUCUGCGCAACCUCUACUUCAUCGGCAAGGUCGACCAUCGCAACUCGCCGCAGUGCCGCUUCUCCCAGUACAUCCUGCUCGCGCUCUCGCUCUUCAUGGUGGCCAUCCUCGGAUUCAAGUUCCUCGCGGCGCUCCAGUUCGGCCGCGCGCGCAAGCCCGAGGACCACGACAAGUUUGUCAUCUGCCAGGUGCCCUGCUACACCGAGGGCGAGGAGUCGAUGCGCAAGACGAUCAACUCGCUCGCGGCGCUCAAGUACGACGACAAGCGCAAGCUGCUCUUCAUCAUCUGCGACGGCAUGAUCGUCGGUUCGGGCAACGACCGGCCCACGCCGCGAAUCGUGCUCGACAUCCUCGGCGCCGACCCGAACCUGGAGCCGGAGGCGCUGAGCUUCCUCUCGCUCGGCGAAGGCAGCAAGCAGCACAACAUGGCCAAGGUGUACAGCGGUCUCUACGAGCACCACGGCCACGUGGUGCCGUACAUCGUGGUGGUCAAGUGCGGCAAGCCCACGGAGCGCUCGCGACCGGGCAACCGCGGCAAGCGCGACUCGCAGCUCGUGCUCAUGCGCUUCCUCAACAAGGUGCACUUUGGCCUGCCCAUGAACCCGAUGGAGCUCGAGAUCUACCACCAGAUCAAGAACGUCAUUGGCGUCAACCCGAGCUUCUACGAGUACAUCCUCCAGGUGGAUGCGGACACCGAGGUGGAGGCGCUGUCGCUCAACCGGUUCAUCUCGGCGUUCAUCCGCGACAAGAAGGUGAUCGGACUGUGCGGCGAGACGGCGCUGUCGAACGCCAAAGCGAGCAUCAUUACGAUGCUGCAGGUGUACGAGUACUACAUCUCGCACUACCUCGCCAAGGCGUUUGAGAGUCUGUUUGGAUCGGUGACGUGUCUGCCCGGUUGUUUCUCCAUGUUCCGCAUCCGCACGCCGGACACGCACCGGCCGCUGUUCAUUGCGUCGGCGAUCGUGGAGGAGUAUGCCGAGAACCGCGUGGACACUUUGCACACCAAGAACCUGCUGCACUUGGGCGAGGAUCGAUACCUGACCACGCUGGUGCUCAAGCACUUUGGCAAGUACAAGACCAUCUUUGUGCGCGACUGCAAGGCGUGGACGGUGGCGCCGGACGACUGGAAGGUGCUGCUGUCGCAGCGUCGACGCUGGAUCAACUCGACGGUGCAUAACCUGGUGGAGCUCAUCUUUACGCCCGGGCUGUGCGGGUUCUGCCUGUUUUCGAUGCGCUUUGUGGUGUUUAUCGACCUGCUCUCGACCAUCAUUGCGCCGGUGACGGUGGCGUACAUUGUGUACCUGAUCGUGCUCGUCGCCACGGCCAACGGCACGAUUCCGCUCACGGCGAUCAUCAUGCUGGCGGCGAUCUACGGCUGCCAGGCGGUCAUCUUCCUGCUGAACCGCAAGUUCGAGAUGAUCGGUUGGAUGGUGGUGUACAUCAUUGGGAUUCCGAUCUGGUCGUUGUUCCUGCCGCUGUAUUCGUUCUGGCACAUGGACGAUUUCUCGUGGGGUAACACGAGGGUGGUGAUGGGCGAAAAGGGACAGAAGGUGGUGGUGCACGAAGAGGGCACGUUUGAUCCGAGCGAGAUUCCGCUGCAGACGUGGACGGACUACGAGAACGAGCUGUGGGAGCGCAACUCGGCGCGCUCGAUCGGGUCGAUUAUCGAGGCGGCACGCGCGGAGAACAAGUCGCUGGGCUCGCGUGCGGGGUCGCAGUACGCGCCGAGUUUGUACGGACAGCCUGUGCUGCCGAACAACGGUAGUUUUGGACACAGUCCCUCGCCUUCGUUUGGGGGUACGCCUUCGCAGUUUGGUGCGUAUCCCGCUGCGGGUUCGCAGGUAGGCUACUUUCCGCAGGCGGAUGCUCGGCAGUCGACCUACAGUCUUGGUGGAUACGGUGGGCAGACCAUGUCGAUGUACGGUAUGCCUGCUGCUGGAUCCGUCUACGGGAUGCCUGGGGGUAGUGGAUUCAUGCCGUAUGCGGGGGGCAGCAUGUACGGUCUGCCGCAGCAACAGACACAGUCGGUCUAUGGCGGUUCGCAACUCGGCUUUGGCGGGUUUGCGGAGCAGCCUGUUCAGCCGGCACAGGCAAGCAUGUCAGGUAGCCCAGAGGCGGGAUUGCCCGCAGAGGCCCAGAUGAAGAUGGACAUUCGAAGCCUGAUUGCCGAGUCGGACCUCACCACGGUGACCAAGAAACAGCUGCGCCAAAAGCUCGAGGCCAAGUACGGCGUGCCGCUCGACGCCAAGAAGGCCUUCGUCAAUGGCGAGAUUGAAAAGGUGCUCGCCGAGUCGUAG